AUGAGUAACCUCAACAAUUCGGAGUUCCCCGACGAGGAGGACGACGACUUCAAUCCGCAGCCAGAGAUCGGUUCUGACGAUGAGGGCGACGCGAAGCCUCCAACUGGCGCAGCUGACGAAGAUGACUUUAAAGAAGAUGGAGCCGACGAUGCAAAACCUUCGGGCGCCGACGACGACGAGGAAGGAGACGACGCCGGUGGAGAAGCUGCGGCGGACGAAGAGGAAGACGCUGGCGAUGACGAGGAGGAGGAAGAAGAGGAGGAAGAAGAAGAAGAUGAGGGCCCGUCGAGAAAGCGGAGAAAGCGGCGACGGAACCAGUUCAUCGAUGUUGAGGCCGAAGUCGACGAAGACGAUGAAGAAGAGCCCGAAGAAGAGGAUGAUCUGCCUGGCGAAGAGAUGCACCCAGAUGACCUGCAGGAGCUACCUCCAGGUGCGGACAGGGACGACCGAAUGCACCGCGAGCUCGACCGUCAGCGCGAAGCGCAGGAGGCCAUGGACGUCGAAGAGACAGCAGCGAGAUUGAAAGAGAGAUACGGUCGCCAGCAGAGGGCCGGCGGUCCCGGCUCCGCCAUCGUCCCACAGCGUCUGCUACUGCCUGGUGUUAACGAUCCACGCAUAUGGAGGAUGAAGUGUAGACCUGGCAAGGAGCGCGAGAUUGUCUUUGGAAUACAGAGCCGGAUCUUGGAGCGCUCCAAAUCUCGCGAACCAGUACAGAUCUACUCGGCAUUCGAGCGUGGCGGUCCCGUUAUGGCUGGUAGCAUUUACGUCGAGGCUUCCCGGCAAGACGACAUUCUACCAGCUCUUGAGGGUAUCUCUCAUAUCUUCUUCGGUACAAAGCCAAUGUUGAUCGCGCUUGAGGAGAUGCCUGACCUACUGCGCACGAAGAAGACGAAAGAGCUGGAGCCGGGUAUGUAUGUGCGCCCACGACGCGGCCUCUACGCUGGAGAUCUCGCCAUCAUUGACGAAGUGGAGGCCAACGGCACCGAAGUCACACUCAGACUGGUUCCACGUCUAGACUAUGGCCUCACUGAGGACGCAAACGCACCUGUGAUGGAGUCUGACGGACAAGGUGGCAUGAAGCGCAAGAGGGCAGUACGGCCAAUGGGUCAACGGCCUCCUCCCCGCUUGUUCAGUGAGCAAGAAGCGAGGAAGAAACACGGCAAGUAUCUCACUUCCGGUGGAGGCCUUAGGAAGAACACCUGGCAGUAUCAGAACAAGACAUAUGUCGAUGGUUUCCUCGUGGAAACCUUCCGCAUCAAUCAUCUCGAGACGGAGAACGUUAAUCCUACCUUGGAAGAGGUUACCAAGUUCGCUGCUGGAGCCGAGGACGGUACCGAGAAUCUUGACUUGGCCGCGUUAGCUGCGACACUAAAGACGAGUGCUGGCGCCGAUUACUUGCCCGGUGACCAGGUCGAGAUAUACAAGGGCGAGCAGAAAGGACUUGUGGGUCGCGCCAAAGAAGUCUAUGGAGAUGUGGUGAAGAUAGAGAUUGAGGAGGGAUCUCUCAUUGGCAAGCGCAUAGAAGUACCCACGAGAGACUUGAGAAAGAGAUUCCGAGAAGGUGACCACGUGAAAGUCAUCGGGGGCAGCAAAUACCAAGACGAAGUUGGAAUGGUGGUCCGAAUCAAGGAUGACCGUGUCACCAUUCUCACGGACAGCAACCAGCAGGAGAUAUCCGUCUUCUCUAAAGACCUUCGGGAAGCCACCGAUAGCGGCGGUGUCAUCGGAUCCAGCAAGUAUGACCUCUUCGAUCUUGUCCAACUCGAUGCCUCUACCGUUGGAUGUGUCGUCAAAGUGGACCGAGAGAGCUUGAAGGUCAUGGACCAGCUUGGAAGCGUUCGCACGCUAUUGCCAUCGAACAUUUCAAAUAAGGUCGAGAAGCGGAGAGAUGGUGCCGGAACAGCGACUGACAGGCUCAACAACGAAAUUCACGUCGGAGAUGUCAUCAAAGAGUAUGGCGGAGAAGGCAAGACCGGACCGGUACUGCACGUUCAUCGUGGCUACAUCUUCGCGCGAAGCCUUGAGUUGCGGGAUAAUGCCGGUGUAUUCGUUGCGCGGGCCAACAACGUCGAGCUUGCAGCAGCCAAAGGCGGCCGACUUGGUCCAGAUAUCACGAAAAUGAACACGACAUUAAAGUCAAAUGGUGGAGCUGCUGCGCCGAUGCCGCCUCCUCAGCAGAAGGGCAGAGACAGAUUGAUCGGACGUACAGUCAAGAUCCGCCAAGGACCUUUGAAGAGCAUGAUUGGCAUUGUUAAGGACACUACCGAUACAUCUGCUAUUCUUGAGCUCCAUGCCAAAAACAAGAAGACCACCGUUAAAAAGUCGCAACUCGCCAUUAUCGACCACAACACUGGGGAGGUUACACAUCCGGACGCCAGCACUUUCACAGGAGGACGUAGUAUGCCUGGACGUGGACCUAUGAUGGGCGGACAGACGCCAGGUAGGGGAUUUGGUGGUCCGCCGUCUGGGUCUGGUGCAGCUAGGACUCCGGCUUACGCCAUGGGAGGCAGGACACCGACUUGGAAGCAAGAUGGCGGGCGCACACCCGCUUAUGCUGGAGGCGGCGGCGGCGGCCAAACAGCUUACGGAGGCGGUUUCGGUGGUGCGACCGCGUACGGUGGCCAGACCAGCUACGGAGGUCAGACGAGUUACGGCGGCGGCAGUGUUUGGGGCGGGGCCGGAGGUGGUAGCGGAGCCGGAGGUGGUAGUGGAGGCGGUGUAAGUGCAGAAUACCAGGGCAUAAGCUUGACUUUAUUCUGACAAGCUCUAGCAAUCCACGUGGAACCCGAACAGCGGCGGCAGGACACCUGGGUAUCUUUCAGGCUCGAAGACUCCAGCAUAUGGUGGCAUGGAAGCCCCGACCCCUGGAUACAAUUCUGCACCCACUCCAGGCAAUUAUGCCGACCAGCCAACACCCGGCGGCUUCCGAGGAAGCUAUCAGACACCGUGAGUAGCCAAUGCUUUUCGCCAACCGAUGCGAAUGUUUGCUGACUACCACCAGUGCUUCCUAUAACACACCUGGCGGAUUUCCCGAGACACCAGCACCCUACUCGGCGCCUACACCGGGUGCCAAUGACGCACCAGGAUAUGACUAG